AUGGCUGAAAAUAGUUUAGAGUCAAUUCCACAAUAUUUAGAUCAAUCACUUCUACCACAGCAUGCAAAGGAAGCAGAAGCACAAUUGAAAUCUAUUGAAAAUCAACCAGGGUUUUCGGUGAAUUUGUUACACAUUAUUGCUUCAACUAAUUUGUCUCCCAGUAUUAGAUUGGCGGGGGUGUUAUUUUUCAAGAACCUAGUUAAAAGAAAAUGGGUUAAUGAAGAAGGCGAAUAUUUGUUGCCAAUCUCGGAUAUCAAUCAUGUUAAAUCUGAA